CACAGAGACACAUCCACACAUGUACUGUGGCCGUCGGAGUUUGCCUUCAUGAUACUUGGGAGGUUAAAACGCUGACCGUCUUCAUUUCAACUCUUCUCAUUAAACCAAUAUGCAGAAAAUCGAGGGGGUCAUAACCAACUCACAAGCAGAUUUUUCUCCACUCUUAGAGAUCAUAUGCGCACCGCAAACUGUUCUCGCACGAUGCGAAGAGACCAUUACAGACCUCGAAACUUCACAUUCCAAGUCUCCAAACACUGAUCAGUCUACCAUGGAGAAAGACGUCAGUGACAUCAUCGCCAAACGCCACCAGCAGCUGGAUACAGUUUUGCUCGAGAUAUCUGGUGUAGAAAGCGUGAUGUAUGGUGCAAUGAAAGCCCAUCAGAAAUUAGUCGAAAAGAAGGACAGGAUCACGCAGUCGAUAUCUCUGCACAAGGGACUCGUGUCGGGUCUCAGGCGCUUGCCAACCGAAAUCCUGUCCGAGAUUUUCCAUCAUUGUCUCCCAGAAUCUUGCGACCAACUGCCAUCCGGGCUACAAGCGCCCCUGCUUCUGACUGAAGUAUGCCGACGAUGGAGGGAAGUUGCUAUCGGCACGCGCAGUUUAUGGAGCAGGCUGUCGGUUCAGGUUGACUACCGGCGCUGGGGGUCGCAAGCCUCCGGUUACGACCUAUGGCUCAGGCGAUCACGAGGGUGUCCGCUCUCGUUGGUUCUCUCGUGUCAGGAAACCGAUCCGAUGAGGAUACAACGCCUUCUUCAGCCCUACAUGAAGCAAAUCGCGACACUCUCUGUCGCAUUUGAACGAGACGUGCUCCAACCUGGACUUUUGUUGCACGAGCUCCCGGCACUUCAGGAGCUGGCAAUCCAGGGGGUGCGGGACUCGUAUGGAUACUUUCCAGCUAUUCCACGAACUAUCACGCGACUGCCGCAUACCUUGCGCAGUCUCAAGGUCGUUGACCGGCGUUUAAACACCAUGCGCUUAACUCCUUUCUCUCCCGCUAUGGCGCACCUCACAAAUCUUGAUAUCGCCAUACUGCAGUACCCCAGUGCAGUCCUCCAUUUACUCCAACUAUGCCCCAACCUCUCCUCGCUCAAGAUCCACAUACAAUUCGGCUACAGAGUCGAAAACUUAGAGUCAUUCACGCACACCAAAAUCCAAACCCUCCACAUCCGACGCCAAUGCCCGUCAGCAGACGAUUUAUCCAGCCUGUUAAAUGCUCUAUCGCUCCCCAGUUUGCGGGUGAUCAAAUAUCACUGCGAUCAUGGUCUACCAUGUUUUCAUAAUGCGAUGAGGGAAUUUUUGGCACGGUCGAAGUGUCCCUUGGAGAGCUUGGUUUUUAGCGGUUUGGGUAUACCAGCGGAGGCGGAUGAGGAGUUAGAGCAAUACCUUGAUAUCAUUCCUUCUCUCGAAAUACGGCUAGUAGAAGAUCACACUUGAUACCCGUAUUAAUGCUUGAUUAGUUGUUGUACAUUAGAAAUCAACCCGGUCGUAGAUGUAGAACUGUCUCCAUGUGUAGUAGACCGUACUACUGUAUUCUGUGGGGUCUUUACAUUACACUACGUACAACCUUGGCAUUUCGGUAGACCCGCCACAUGUCUCCG